CAGACGUUGAGCUGGAGGAGUGUGCGCGGGCACAAACAAUUUCGCGCACUCACACAUAUCUCUUUCAAUGGUUGUAGUCCAGUGUCUAAUAGGCUUUGUGGCCAUAACCGUCGACAGUGCCGUGAUAAUGUGAAGCGACUCAGCAAACCAACUAUUUGUUGAAACCUUGAUGGAAAAAAAGUGAGCCGUGGAACUUCUCCCUCUCUCUCUCUCUCUCUCUCUCUCUUUCCCCUGCGCUGCCGACCUGCAAGUACUAUCAGCGGUGCAUCAAGUUGAUAUAUAGACCCCCUGGUUACGUGUUCCAGACCAGAGAUUUCGGCGGUCUGUGAGCCUAAUGUGCUUGGACCGUCACUGACGGACAUGUCUCAAGGGACAGUUCUGCUUGCGCCGGCUUUUCUUGUGCGCCACAGAUAUCAAGUACCUGUUGGACGACCACUGGUCUCAAGGAAAGAGAAGGAAAAGGUACCACCACUUCCCAAAACAAGACCCCCAACUUGGGAACUUUCCAUUGCCGUGCUUGGUGCCCCAAGGCCUCUGACAAUGGACGGAAUCUAUGCGCUUCUUGUCUGACACACGCACAAACACACACGUCCGUCCAUCCCCACCCUCCACCCGCCCUUCCUCAAGGCGCUUGUGUGUUCCGUCGAUGGGGCGGUGUGACAAGGCAAAAGAGG